AUGUGUAAAUACAUCCACUUCAGAUACGAGCAAUGCAACCACCAGAUUUUCGACCGGUGCGAGCCUUGCUGGAAGGACUACUGGGAGGCGUUUUGUCCUUUCUUCCCAGUCCCUACGUUGCUGUGCCCAAAUGGUCACGAGCAUCGUCAGAGCGAGGUUUUUGUCACCAAGCCAGGCAAGUGCCGCACUUGUACUAAGCGAGAGAAAGAAGCGAGUCGACGGGAUUACGGGGGCUUUACUGCUCAGGCUGCUCGUGGAGUUGGAUCUUCUGAGGAGGCGGGACAAGCUCAGAUGCCAGAAGUUCCUGCAAAAACUCGCCGAUCUCGCGGCUAUCAAGCAAGUUCUCAGAUGAACAUGGCCCCUCAAGAGCGUGAGUCUCCUCAGUUCGACCGGACUCUAUCUCAUGGCAACUCCAGAGCUAGUACUAGACACAAUCGACACCGUCGCUUAGCUAACCAACGGUCAGGACAGCCAGAGCAGCGCAAUCCCUAUUUCGAAAGGCCUCGUCUUGAGCGACGGAAUGCAGUCCGCGUUCGCCAGGUAGGUAACAAGGUCAUAAUGGACCGCCUUCCUCGCCGUCCUCCAAGUCCAGAGACAGAGCGGUAUUACCAAGUCAAUCCAGCUCCUGAAGGGCAUGUUCCUGAACAUGAUGUGAUUGAUCGUUCCUGGACCGUUUCGCCGCUCACUGAUGAUGAUAUUAGAGCGCCGUACGUGGAGAUUCCGCUGGAGGAUGAGUAUGGUGCGCCUUUCUAA